AUGGACCCUCUCAGUGUUACCGCAAACGUGAUUACGGUAUUACAGGUCGCCAGCUCCAUUAUAACAAUAUGCUACGAAGUCCGUUCAGCUCUCAAGCAGAGUCCUUGGUCCCUCACCAGAACCAUCGACGAGAUAAGAGACCUUCGAAAUGUGUUGGAGAGCUUAGAACAGGUCUGCCGCGCACUCGACACAUCAAAAGAGUCCGACACAGCACGUUUCCGUACAUUCCAACUACUAUGCGAGUCCGAGACCAGCCCGUUAAGUCGCUGCCUCCAAGAGCUAUUGGAUCUAGAGAAGAAGAUCAGCUCCGGCAAGCAGACUUCUGGAAGGUCAACUCUGUUGGCGAAAGCGCGAGUGUUCGCCCAGGUUAUGGGCUGGCAGCUGAAAGAAGGUGACGCGAAAACUCAGCUCAUCAAGCCUUGUAGAGCUCUGCUCCUUGACAUCAGGAAGAUGACCAUCUCUCUGAACGAGACCACGGCCCAUGUGCAUGGCAAUGUUUCCAAGCUCCUCACUAGGAUAGAGAGCGCAGAACUAGGUAUGCCUCUUUAUAACGUGCAACUUUCAGCAGCUGAUGCGCACAGAUGA